UAUGUCCUGUCUGUCCUGAAAUUUACCUACCCUACCCUUUUUCAAGGGUGGCAGACAUUAGUGGGUGCACUUCUGCUUCAUGUCUCCUGGAGGCUGGGUUGGGUGGAGAUAAACUUGUGUUCAAGGUCUGAAAUCCUGUCAUGGCUUCCUGCUUCCGUACUGUUUGUUGGCAUUAUUUAUGCUGGCUCUAGGGCACUCUCUAGAUUGCCGAUCCCAGUGUUCCUCACCGUGCACAAUGCGGCAGAAGUUAUAACCUGUGGGUUCCAGAAGUUUGUGCAGAAAGAGCAGACCUCUCAUCUGAAAGUCUGUAGUGUGCUGUUCCUCCUGGUAGCAGCAGUGUGCCUUCCUCUGUGUGACACACAGUUUGAUCCAAAAGGUUAUUUAUGGGCUCUAAUUCACUUGAUCUGUGUAGGGGCUUACAAAGUAUUUCACAAGUUAUGGAAACCUAGCUCUUUAAGUGAUCUGGACCAACAGUACAUCAACUAUGUAUUCAG